CCUAACGGGCCUGCUGUCGCCUCCCCUCGUAUGGAGCCACCUCCAUGGCGUUCCAUCUGCUUCCUACGGACGCAUCUUCCGCUCCUCUUAAAGGGGAGCUCUGCUUUUCGGCCAAGGGACGCGGCGUAUGCGUGCGUCUCCAUUUGGUAAAACGAACACUCCGUUCUGAUCCGACCUUAACGCGUAUUGCAUACGAUCAUCGUACACGGUGGAAAUCCGCGCACAGGGGGGGCCGACAUGACAGCGGUACCAGAGAACAGCGUGUGCCCCCCCCAGGGCUCCGGACCUCCCCUUUAACCCAAACGUCCCACUCCGCGUCGGCGCAACACAACCGUGGUGCGCUCGGUUUUUGCGCGUCUCCUUUCUCCGUGUGUGCCGCGUCACGCCAGAGUUUCUCUGACACCCCCACCCCCCACCUUAGCCUCAUCCCCCCCACCCUGCCAUGCUCCGGGUCACCUCGCUGCUGUCCGCCCUGCUGCUGGUUGUCCCGCCGGGCCCGAGCCGGGGAUAUUUCACGGAGGAGCGCUGGAGCCCCGAGUCUGCGCUCCUCGCUCCCCGGGUCGUCAUCGCGCUGGUCUGCCGCAACUCGGCGCACUCUCUGCCGCUGCUGCUGGGAGCCAUCGAGCGGCUCAGCUACCCGAAGGACCGCAUAGCGCUGUGGGUGGCGACAGAUCACAAUACAGAUAACACCACGGCCAUCCUCAGGGACUGGCUCAUCCAGGUGCAGAAUCACUAUCACUAUGUGGAGUGGAGACCCGAGGAGGAGCCCAGUGCCUUCGAGGACGAGGUGGGUCCCAAGCACUGGAACGACCUACGCUACGAACACGUGAUGAAGCUCCGGCAGGCGGCGCUGGAGACGGCCCGCGAGAUCUGGGCCGACUACUUCCUGGUGGCCGACUGCGACAACCUGCUGACCAAUCGGGAUGUGCUGUGGAAGCUGAUGAAGGAGAACAAGACCAUUGUGGCCCCCAUGCUGGAGUCCAGAGCCGCUUACUCCAACUUCUGGUGCGGCAUGACUUCACAGGGUUACUACAAGCGUACGCCGGCCUACAUGCCCAUCCGCCGGCGGGAGCGCCUGGGCUGUUUCGCUGUCCCGAUGGUUCAUUCCACCUUCCUGGUGGAUCUGAGGAAAGAGGCCUCCCAAGAGCUGGCCUUCUACCCGCCGCACCCAGAGUACAGCUGGGCUUUGGACGAUGUCAUCGUCUUUGCAUUCUCAGCCCGCAUGGCAGAUGUGCAGAUGUACAUCUGCAAUAAGGAAAUCUAUGGCUACUUCCCAGUUCCAAUGCUGAAAAAUCCACCGUUGGAGCCAUCCAGCCUCCUGCCUCUUCCUGCCAAACACUCUAACAAGAUGGGCUUUGAUGAGGUUUUCAUGAUAAACUUGGUGCGGCGGGCAGACCGUCGUGAGCGAAUGCUGAGAAGUCUCGAGGAGCAGGAGCUCAGCUGUAAGGUCGUCGCUGCUGUGGAUGGCAAAGCUCUGAACACGUCUGACAUAGAUUCUAUGGGGAUUAAGAUGCUACCAGGCUACAAAGACCCUUAUCAUGGCCGACCUCUCACUAAGGGUGAACUGGGUUGUUUCCUCUCUCAUUACAACAUCUGGAAGGAGAUAGUAGAGCGUGGACUGCAAACUUCCCUGGUCCUGGAGGACGACCUCCGCUUCGAAGUGUUCUUCAAACGCCGUCUGCAGGCUCUGCUGCAGGAGGUGACGACACACAAAGUGGACUGGGAUCUCAUUUACAUCGGUCGAAAGCGGAUGCAGGUGGACCACCCAGAGAAGUCCGUUCCAAAUGUCCACAAUGUGGUCGAGGCAGACUACUCCUACUGGACUCUGGGCUACAUGUUGUCACUCCAAGGAGCCCAAAAGCUCCUGGCGGCUAAACCCCUAACGAAGAUGCUUCCCGUGGAUGAGUUCCUCCCCGUGAUGUACAACAAACAUCCGAUCUCCGAGUACAUGAGCCACUUUGAGCGUCGGAACCUGCGCGCGUUUUCCGCCGAGCCCCUGCUGGUGUACCCGACCCACUACACCGGAGACCCCGGCUACAUCAGCGACACCGAGACCUCGGUGGUGUGGGACAACGCCACGGUCAGAACCGACUGGGAUCGAGCCAAGUCGAGGAAAACCCAGGAGCAGGAGGAGCUGAGCUUCGAGGCCCAGAACUCGGACGUCCUGCAGUCUGAACUGGAGAACUGGAGCGCACGGGACGAGCUGUGAUGAAAAAAGCAAAAGGGACCAAGAGGAGCGGGCAGUAAAGGACUCUGGCAUGGAGAAAAGGGAGACGGAACAAAGCCUUGACCGAAGGGGGCGGGGGAAUAUGACAGAAAGUGGGACAAAGUGUUGAUGAGGAAAAAAUGCUUUUCUUUUUGAUCUUUCUCUGGAGAGAUAUUACAUGUAGGGUUAACUCUUGAAGAGUCAGCUAACAGCUUUAGUUUAAUUUAUUGCAUCCAACAUGCAUGCUUUGUCAGUCUGAUACAGUAGGCUUUUCCAAAUGUGCACCUAUGUGUGUCUAAAGAUAUGAAAGCAGGCCAGAUAACAGCCGCGAACAUGAGUUUUCUUUCAUAGAAAAGGCCUCCGUCAGCCUAUAAGCUGUCCAGUUUCCCAGCCUUAACACUUUCCAUUCUUAUAGGUUAAAGCUGCAGUAUGUUUGAAAUAUUCUAAUGUUGUUUUAUAUAUUCCUUUUUUUUAAGUGACCGAAUUGCUCCUUUGGAA